AUGGUCAUCGUGUUCUGGGAUCCUCCUGGUUGUUGCAUGGGCACCAAAAUGUCCUGUGGAGCCCACGCCAACCCUGAUAAAGAGCCUCUGAUGGCGGAAGACCAGCAGAUCGGAGAGCGGGAAGCUAUCUUUCAGAUUGAGGUUUACCUUUUUGCUAAGAAUACCAUGGAGGUGAUGUGCUCUUAUCUGCGGAUUUCAGGAUUUCAGGGAAUACGUGAUGUUGAUGUGUCUUAUUACUUCUGGUAUUGUUCACCAAAACAAGGACUUUUAACAGAAAAUAACAAUCUGUUAGCCGAAAAAGUAGAACAGUUGAUGGAAUGGAGUUCCAGGCGCUCAAUCUUCCGAAUGAAUGGCGACAAAUUCCGAAAAUUUAUAAAGGCACCACCUCGAAACUAUUCUAUGAUUGUUAUGUUCACGGCUCUUCAGCCUCAGCGGCAGUGUUCUGUGUGCAGGCAAGCUAAUGAAGAGUAUCAAAUCCUGGCUAAUUCCUGGCGCUAUUCAUCUGCUUUCUGUAACAAACUCUUCUUCAGUAUGGUGGACUAUGAUGAGGGGACGGAUGUUUUUCAACAGCUCAACAUGAACUCUGCUCCUACAUUCAUGCAUUUCCCUCCAAAAGGCAGACCCAAGAGAGCUGAUACUUUUGACCUUCAAAGAAUCGGAUUUGCAGCUGAACAGCUCGCAAAGUGGAUUGCUGACAGAACGGAUGUUCAUAUUCGAGUCUUCAGACCACCCAACUACUCUGGCACCAUCGCUUUGGCCCUGUUAGUGUCGCUUGUUGGUGGCUUGCUCUAUUUAAGAAGGAACAACUUGGAGUUCAUCUAUAACAAGACUGGUUGGGCCAUGGUAUCUCUGUGUAUAGUCUUUGCUAUGACUUCUGGUCAGAUGUGGAACCAUAUCCGUGGACCUCCCUAUGCUCAUAAGAACCCGCACAAUGGACAAGUGAGCUACAUUCAUGGAAGCAGCCAGGCCCAGUUCGUGGCUGAGUCCCACAUUAUUCUGGUGCUGAAUGCUGCUAUCACCAUGGGGAUGGUUCUUCUAAAUGAAGCGGCAACAUCCAAAGGAGAUGUUGGAAAAAGACGAAUCAUUUGCCUGGUGGGAUUGGGCCUGGUGGUCUUCUUCUUCAGCUUCCUUCUUUCGAUAUUUCGUUCCAAGUACCACGGCUAUCCUUACAGCUUUUUAAUUAAAUGAAGCCAAGUGGGAUUUCCAUAAAGUGAAAGUUUACCAUGAAGAUGAAGUGAUCCUGACACUCUACUUUGAAUUCUUCAGUACAUUUCCAUGUUGAUUGUGAUAAUGUAGCUUAUUCUUGUGUAAUUUUAUAAAUGUGAGGUUUCCCAGUGAAUUUAAUUUAUAGAAAUGUGUGGUUAAAUUUAAUAUUAGCACUGGAAAGAACAAAGUAAACACUGACGUGUUUUUCAAGCAUAUCAUCAUAUUCCGUGUGUGCUCCAGGACUGAAAUAAAUGACAAUGUGUCAAUUCAUGCUUAAA